AGAUAUGGUUCCCUCCCUGCCCACUCUGCAGACCAGGGCAGUUAUAAAAGGGGACCAAACUGAGUAGGAGCACUUGCCACCAUUACCAUGAAGCUCACUGGUGCUCUCUUGCUGCUCGGGGCUGCCCUGCUCCUGAUUUCAGAGGGAGAUUGUGGCCUUUGCCCAGCUUUACAGAGAAAAGUUGAUUUAUUUUUGAAUGGGACCACUGAAGAGUAUGUUGAGUACCUGAAACAAUUCAAUGAAAACACUAAAGUACUGGAAAAUGCUGCAAAUAUCAAGAAAUGUUCUGAUAGGACCUUGACCGAGGAAGACAAGGCACAGGCAACCAGUCUCAUCAAUAAAAUAACAGCCAGCCGGACAUGUUGAUGGGUACAUCCUUGCUCUCACGGAAACCAAUUGCCUCCUCACCAGCAUAGAUGCAGCAAGCCCUACCCCUUCUCCCCAGGUGUCUAAGAACAGGAAUCCAACAAUAAAAGCUUUGCAAUUCACAGGGAA